ACCUUCGUUAAAACGAAAUAAUCUCUAAACCUGAGGCUGAGGGUCACAAUAUACAACUCAAAGCCCUAGAUCGCUGUAGUGGUGGCCGGCACCAGUUCCAGAGCCAUGGCGUUAAACAACGGUCUCAGAUCCAUCGCCAAGCAGAUUAUCGCUGCCUCCUCCGAAUCCACCCUUUUCAUCAAGCCAGGUACUAGAAGUCUUCACUCGACUGGAGUGAAGAGAAUGGGUGGAGGAGGACACGCGCAUAGCGAUUACGAAUACUACCUUCAUGCAAAGCACAUGUACAAUUUGGACAGGAUGAAGUAUCAGAAAGUGAAGAUGCCUAUUGCUGUCUUUACCGCGUUUAGCAUUGGUGUCAUCGUUCCUGUCUAUGCUGUUAUUUUCCAGCAAAAGAAGACCGCCUCUGCUUAGAUUCUUACAAAAAAAAUGUUCAUAAUAAGGAUGGCAUGGCAUCCCAAAUCCUUUCCGGUACACUUUUGUCGUUCGGUUUUGUUUUCAAACUGUUUGCUGUUAAUUGAACUUUACCCUUUUGAAUCCACACAUUCAUUAUAAUAAGAUCUUAACUUAAUGGAGGGCUUCGAACUGUAAGCUCUUA